GCGCGAGUUAGUUGCGGUUUAAGCGGCGAGCGGUACGCAUCUAUAAGUCUUUAGUCUAUGGCAAUAGAAUAGAUCCCUGCAAAAAGGACUUUGCACCUGUUUCCUCAAAGUGAUCGGGUUACGAGUCAUUUUUCCAACCAGACCUUAAUCUGGACGCAAUAAAAUUCGGUCGCGUUGGUGCUAAGCAAAUAGUAUUUUGCGAUAUCAUAAUGCCCAGACUCGUGUGAUAAGUGAAAACAACCCGGUGGGAUAAAGCCAAGAGAGCGCCAACUUCAUCGCACACAGACCAACAAAAUUCACGCAAUUUGUGGCUAAAAUCAACAACAACUUCCGCAUAACCAUAAACAAUAACAGCCAAAAAUAUUCAAUAAGAGACCAUCAUAGUCGAAAAAAAGGCAGCCAGCAACAAUUGGAAUAAAACCAAAACAAUAACCCGCAAUUGUAUGAGCGUAAGCCAUAAUUAUGACCAAAUGAGCCAGCCCACAACAACAAAAGCAAAAGCAACAAGAAGACUAAGCAAAACCCGCAACAACAUCAAAAUGAGUUUAACAGAAUUAUCUUGGUUAACAGUCGUCUUAACAGCACUGCUGCAGUUUAUGAGUCAUGCCAGUGGCUCGCAAACUGUAAACGAUUCAGCAGCUGAAAAUACCAUCUGUCUGUACCAAGAACAUAAUAGCACUUAUCGCAAGGAAAUUGGAGCCGUGUGGUUUGACGCCAAGGAUCCUUGUUUGGUGUAUUCCUGUGCUGCUGGAGUGGCCAAGGAUCCUCAAGCUCAUAUUGUGGUUACUCAGGUGGAUUGCAAUGAGUUCUACUGCGAAGUGGGCUCUGAAUUACGUAGCGUCCAAGGCAGUUGUUGUGGGGAAUGUGUGAGAACCCAUUGUCAGCACAAUCACACUUUGUAUGCAGUGGGAGAAUCCUGGCACAAUGACGCCGAUUGUACUCUCAUUGAAUGCGGACGUCUGGACAAUGGACAGAUUAUUAUGAAUACUUACAAGAGGAACUGUCCUGCAUUAACUGAAGAUUGUCCAGCUUCGAGAUUGGAGGAGCGGAACUGCUGUCCCUACUGCAGACCUUUGCAAACAGCCAGGAUUGAGGAGCUCCAGGAUACUGGCGAGGAGACUUCGGAGGAUAUUUGGACUGCAGAAUGGUAUCGAAAGCAUCCCUGCAAUCGGGAUUGCCAAAUUGGUGCCGAACCCAUGACCUGUCGGUAUAAUUUUGUGGUGGAAUGGUAUCAGACUUUUUCGAAAGCCUGCUUCGAUUGUCCUCGAAAUCUGACGGAUUGCUCUCGACCACAUUGCGUAAUGGGUGAUGGUCUGGAACGAAGUAUCACUGUGGUGAAUCGCAUGAUGCCAGGACCAUCGAUUGAGGUCUGUGAAGGAGAUCAAAUAGUGGUGGAUGUGAAGAACCAUUUGCUGGGCGAAAGUACCUCGAUUCACUGGCAUGGCUUGCACCAGAAGAAGACACCCUAUAUGGAUGGAGUACCCCACAUAACCCAAUGUCCUAUAACCCCUCAUGCAACCUUUAGAUACUCUUUCCCCGCCGAUCUCUCAGGAACUCAUUUCUGGCAUUCUCAUACAGGAAUGCAAAGAGGAGAUGGUGUUUUUGGUGCUUUAAUCAUUCGAAAGCCCAAGGCAGUCGAACCCCAUGGAGGACUCUACGAUUUCGACUUAAGCGAUCAUGUAAUGGUUCUCCAGGAUUGGAUUCAUGACACGGGUGCCAGUAUAUUUUCCUAUCAUCAUCAUUCGAGAGGUGAUAAUAAACCCCACAAUCUACUUAUAAAUGGAAGAGGACGUUACUACAAUCGAAUUUGGGCGGAAGCUAAGCAAGCUCAUCAAAGAACUGAAGGGAGAACCACAACACCCGUGGAGCCACUGCCCAAAUCCCAAGUAGAUUUUGUACAAACUCUGCCAAGACAAGCUCGCUUGGCCAAAACGAAUACCACAAAGCUAUUUCCGGUAAAUUCCCGCCAAAAGAGGGGAAAUCUUAAUGAGAUACCACUGGAAUUAGUGCCCCAUCAGGUUUAUACAGUGAGAAGAGGUUUUCGUUAUCGCUUCAGGAUCAUUAAUGCCGAGUACCUCAAUUGUCCAAUUUUGGUUUCUAUAGACGGUCAUAACCUCACAGCAAUUAACUCGGAUGGAUUCGAUAUCGAAGCUAUGGAUGUGGGCUCUAUAGUUACCUAUUCCGGCGAGCGAUUUGAUUUUGUGCUGAAUGCCAAUAUGGAGGUGGGAAACUAUUGGAUUCGAUUAAAGGGUUUGAUGGACUGCAGUGAGGUCUUCACAUCCGCUUUCCAAGUGGCUAUCCUCCGAUACGAAGGAGCUCCGGAUGAAGAACCUACUGCGGAAUUAAGUUACGGCUUCAAACCAGAAGGCAUUGAACUGAAUGUGAUGAAUAGGGGUCCUGGAUAUCCGGACACCAAAACCGUGGCGGAAAUGAGAGCUCUGCCGAUCUAUGAUCAUGUAUCUGGCAUUGAUCGUGAUACCCUAAAACCAGAAGCAGACUACAAGUUCUUUAUUUACUACGAUUUUUACACCAAAAACAAUCCCGAUUUCCAUAAUCAGGAUUUGUAUCCUAUGGAAAUGGAAAUGACCCAACAGAAUCGACUUUACACUCCUCAACUCAAUCACAUAACCCUGGAUUUCCCUUCAAUAGCACUGCUUCCUUCGAGAAGUCAGCUGAAGGAUUCAGAUUUUUGUAAUGAAACGAGUUUGGCAAAUAAAGGAAUCGAUUGCCGCAAGGAGUUUUGCAAGUGCCACCAUGUUCUUCAGGUUCCUUUGGGUGCAGUUGUUGAGAUGAUCAUCGUGGAUGAGGGAUUCCAGUAUUAUGCCAAUCAUCCGUUCCAUUUACAUGGCAAUGCCUUUAGAGUCAUGGGAUUGGAGCGAUUGGGAGAAAAUGUUACCAUUGAAAUGAUUAAACAACUAGAUCAAUUCAACUUACUCAAACGGAAUCUGGACAAUCCACCAGUGAAGGAUACAGUCACCAUUCCAGAUGGAGGUUAUACCAUUAUAAGAUUUGAAGCUUCUAAUCCGGGAUAUUGGCUCUUCCACUGUCACAUUGAAUUCCAUGCGGAAAUUGGAAUGGCUCUGGUUUUCAAAGUGGGUGAUGACGAUCAAAUGGUUCCGGUACCCGAGAAUUUCCCCACCUGCGGCGAUUAUAAUCCCGACUUGAAGUCUAAUGGAGGAACUACCGAAGAUUCCGAAAAGAAAACAACCACACCAAGUCCAUUAAAUGGUGGUGGAUCGGGAUUGGAACCCACUUUAUUGACUCUGAUCAUUGGAUUCUUACUGCUCAAACGUUAUCGAUAAAAAAAGGCAUAAGAAAGAGAGCUUAACCCAAAACUUGCCAACCGAAAUAUAGAGAUUAAUUAUGGACGAUGAUAUAUACCUUGAUGUGAAGUUGUUUGUAUUAAUAUAGAAAAUAAUUGUUCUCUUGCAUUUGUAUAUAUUCCAUAAAACGCAUCGUUGUAACCUAAACAUCUGUGAUUGUCUAAGAAAAUGUUGAAAUAAGUAAUUGAAAUUGUACUAAAUAUAUGUGUAGCACUUAUUUAAUAAAAUCUAUUAAUGUUUGUUUUUAAGAGAUUUAAAA